AUGAACUGUUCGAGGUCGUACUUUGCGAUCUGGAGCGAGCCAAAGUUGGACGAGUCUGACAGCAGCGACAAAUACGACAGGAUCGCGUUGCAGCAGCCGAGUCCGACAUUGAGCGACGAUAUCUCGUUCGUGGAAAGCACCAGCUCGUUGCCUGUGAGCCGAAUGAGGUCCUGGUCGAUGUUCUUGUCGGUAAAGUCUGCGGAUCUGCACUCGGAAACGACAAUGUCGCAUCUGUCAAUGAGCUGUUUGACCUUGUCGAGGUCUGUGUCGGUGGUUCCCGAAGCAGGAACCAGGCACUCCUUCACGCCGGUCUGGAUCAGCAGAGCCUCAAGGUUGGAAAACAGGUCGUUGUCAAGAAACUCGGUGACACCCAGAAACUUUGCGUUUGGAUCGUAA